AUGUUGCUAAAAUACUCCGAUUGGGGCUACUCGACCAUACCAUCUAACUACAACUGCCAGGUGACCAUCCUAAGCGCCAGUCCAGGCCGGGGCAUUCAGGUGCGAUUCAGGACUCUGGAGACGACCAUCUCCGUUGGUUGUAGCCAAGUCAGGUUAACUGUCGGCGACAGGACAAGACCACUUACACCCACCAAUGGGGUUUGCGGUUUUAUAUCGCCCCCGACUGCGAGGACGACAGAUGACAGAGUCUACGUCACACUUACCACAGACAACACAUUUCUACAUAGUGGUUACUUCGAGCUGCUGCUGACAGAGUUCAACUAUUUAGUAAAUGGAAACUGCACUGGUAACGAUUUCAAGUGCAACAACAAUAUCUGCAUCUCCGCCAAUCUGAAGUGCAACGGCUACAACGACUGCGACGACGACUCCGACGAGAUUGAGGGCUGCGGGCUGACGACUUUGACAGCAGGCGUUAUCGUCGGGAUCGCCUUAGCCAUCAUUGUUUUCCUUAUCGUAGUUAGUGUUUUAGGUGUCUUCUAUCGCCGACGUCGACGAUACAUCACUAUAGUUGGAUAA